AUGAGCAAGAGCGGCGACCUGCAGCUCUGCGCGGGCUACUUCGCCCUCAACCGCUCCUACGUGGACCCUUUCCAAUGCCCCAGGCUGGGCGACGGCGACGACCUGCUCUACUGUUGCGGCUUCUCCGACCUGAAGUAUUGCUGCAGCGAGCCGGGCAGCUACUUCCCGUACAAGCACAGUUACAUGUGGAGCCUCAGUAUAGGAGCAUUGGUUGGACUGGGGAUUGCUGCGCUGGUUUUACUUGCCUUCAUCAUUAGCGCUCUUGUGCUUUGCUAUUUGUUUCUUUAUACAAAGCCACAGAGAUUAGAUACUGGCCUAAAACUACAACAUCUGGAGAUCUCUUCUGUUCAAGAAGGUAGGCACUGCAUACUCUCGGCAUUUCAAACUAUUUCUAAGACUCCUUAAUU